UGUGGUAGUGGUGAUAAUGGUGGUGGUAUUGGUGGUGGUGGUGGUGGUGGUGGUAACUGUUGUUGCUGUAGAAGUUGUUCCUGUUGGUGGGGUGUACUUGCUUACCAUCACACUAGAAGGCUAGGCGUCAGCCAGUCCUCAUCCGCUAGCUGGACCGCAACCAAGAACACACUUUACCAUUUGAACACACAAACGCUGUGAUGCUUUCAACUCAAUCCGGACAUCAUCAUCUUCGUUUGAAUUUAACAAAUUGGCAGAAAUCACGUUACGGAUCAUUUUGUGUAACGUUAUGUUUAGAAAUGUAUAUCUUUAGAAAAUAAUAAUAAACUUAAAUUAAAUUAAGUGAAAUGAAACAACACGUUCAGAAGAAUAAGAAGAAUCUU